AUGCCUGCUGAGCACAACAACCAUGCCAGGAAUAACAAUGAGACUUCUAAUCUGGACCUGCGCCGUCGCCCUUUGGCUCCUAGGUGCAACAAUUCUCCAGCGACUGGUCCCCAAAGAGCGCCAACCCCUCAUCCUUCCCACUUCCAGAUCUUAGAGGAGUGUUUCAUGGCUGGGAUAAUAGAAAUGCUGGUUCCUAUCCGGCCUAUACUAAGCUUCCCUUCCCAGCAAGAAUCCAACAACUCUUCACUAGAAUUCCUCGAUGAAGGAGGUUUCUGUUACCUGUUCACACCCCUCCUGCCAAACAUCACUUUCCGUCCCUUCCUCAUUCCCAGACCCAUGGACUCUUCCAAUAGUGAUGCCGUAGUCUUGCACCAGUUCCCCGGACCCCUGGAGACCCUUCUCAUCUCAGAAGCGACCACUGGAUCUUACCAUGUUGCCCCUGCACAGGUUUUUCCAUCCUUGUUGCCUAUGAAUAUCUCGUCUUCUCCCAAUCCUGGUAGUCCCCUUGCUGCAUCCACUGACUCACCCAGUAUGCCACCUCUCGCCUCUGAUGCCUCUGAUAAUGGUAGCCUUGAUCACACUCCCAAUCUACAGCUAUUAGCUCAUAUCAGCGAGUACAUUACUGCAUCAGAAGGACACAGCAGCGAUCCUCAGGAAUUUGUAGUCUACAGCGACGACAUAAUCUAA